AUGAACAUCACUGAUAUAACUCGUUGUCCUCCAAUUCUUCCUCGGAACUCAAACUUGUUUGCCUACAUAGACACAUGCUUUGAAAUGGUUCACGACGAACAUUCAUGGAAUGAUGCUAGAAGACACUGUCAGCAACAUGGCGGAGAUUUAGCUGUCAUCAAAGACCUAACAAAACAACAGUUUGUAAUGAAUGCUUUGAAAUAUCUUCGUUGGGACAAAAAGGGUGUCUGGAUCGGCGGAACAGACGGAGACAAGGAAGGGGAAUGGAAGUGGGUCACAGGAGAACAGAUGACCUGGGGUUACUGGCAACAUGGCCAAGGAGUGACUCAAACUGGAUUCCUGUUUGCAAAGGGGACUUUUGAGGACUGUGCUCAGAUCCGUGUUGAUGACUCUUAUAAAUGGCAUGAUUUUCCUUGCAGUGGUGGCCCAGCUUAUCAUUAUUCGAGUAUUUGUGAAUAUAAAAUGCCUAAAAUUUUGACAUCUCCUACAACUAUGACGAACGUCGAAACGCCUGUGCCAACAACUAUGCCUAAGACAGGAACAUCAACUUCAACCACGUUAGCAAAUUUUGAAACACCAGCACCGACAAUUCAGCCAAACGUGGAAACACCAGCACCGACAAUUUUGCCAAACGUUGAGACACCGGCCCCUACUUCUUUACCAAAUGUUGAAACACCCGCACCUAAUAAAGAUACAACAGCAUUUACAAUUAGGAUGAAUAACAAUCCUCCUAGUGCUGUAAUAGUUAAUAAAGAAUCCGUCGUUAUCGGCUGAGGAAAAUGAAAUAAGUUUGGUGAUUUAAAUUGCGAUUACUUUUUAAAUUAUCUGUGCAUAAUAUAUGUAUAUAAAAUGAAGCAUAGUUACGCCUGUCCUAUAUGGUAUUUGUUAUUUUUUUAUUAUUUGUAAAUAAAAGUUUGUUUUGUU